CAAUGAUUGCGACGCUAUGGCUGGUCAAGACGACAUCGUGAUGCCUGACUGCUGACUUUCAAGUACAUACAACAAAAGCAUUACGUCUCGGCUCAUCGAUCCUCCGUCUACGCUUCGGCCGAGCGAUUACAGAUCUGGCAUUUCGAGACUAGAAGUUCAGAAAGUUUCGUCUCCGUUCACUAUCUCUAGCACCCUGCUCUCAACCAACGGAUCGCGCCUUCCGACCUCGGAACUAGACCCUGUGCCUCGGCAAUUCGAUCUUCUCGGACGGGCCCAAGCGCCAUUCACUGACCGCAACAUCAUCGCAUACCGCAGCGCGCGUCCAGCACCAUCUAGCGCCUCUUGGAUGUGGAGCACCAUGUAUUCGUCCGCAAGGUCUGCCGCUUGCAGGCACGCCGCCUUUUGUGGCCGCCGGAGCCAGGGUGCAUCUGUGGCGCCGGUCCGAAAGUUUUUCCCGAAUAUAAAUACGGCGCCUAGGGUGGGGGACGUCACUGUCAGAAACGCACGUGUGAGGUGGCAGAGUACUAUAUCCGAAGCAUCCCAAAGCACGCCAAAUACCACCGCAGAACCCCUCCUCAAAGCAAAGCGCCCAAUCUACCUCCGCCUUCCCCUCACCAUCGCGCUCUCCCUCCUCACAUUCACCCUCGGCUUCACCAUGGCAGCCGCCCCCGCUGCCCCGGCCCUCGCCAACCUCGCCGCCCCGCCCACCGACGAGGAAACAAUGUCUCUCUUCGCGCCUGCCACCGAGCAAGCCGCCGCAAUCGAGAAGGCCAUCUUCGAGCACCCGCUCACCCGCUCGCUGAUGCAGGACGAAAAGUACAUCGCCAGCCGACCGCACCUGAAGAUCCCCGCGCAGCUGCGCGCGCAGAGCCUGACGGGCGGCACACUCAUGGGCGAGGACAAGAUCGAGGUGCCGCCGCUGCAGUUCGGGACUGAGGACGGGUCCUCGUUUGUGUCGUUCCAGUACAUUGGCAAUGCUCUCUGCGGGCACCCUGGCAUCAUUCACGGCGGGCUGCUUGCGACGCUGCUAGAUGAGGGGCUCGCCCGGUGCUGCUUCCCUGCGCUGCCGAAUCGCGUUGCGGUGACGGCGAGUCUGAAGGUGGACUACAAGGCACCGGCGAUGGCGGGGCAGGUGCUUGUGUUGCGGGCCGAGACGACGCGGGUGGAGGGGCGUAAGGCGUGGGUUAAGGGGCGGUUGGAGACGCUUGUGGAUGAGAGCAAGGGGGAGAAGCCGGUUGUUGUCACGGAGGCGGAGGCGCUGUUCAUCGAGCCGAAGAUGGCGAAGAGCAUGAACCUCCUCAAAGUCCAUUGAUUGGGAUCGAGCUGGAAUAGAAGAAGGAUGAGCAUUGGGCGGCGUUUUUGGUAUUAUAGAAGCUAAACGGGCCAGCGCUUGAGCGAGCGGCCCCGUCGGAGUCGUAGAUCUAGACGUGUAAUGUGACCGUAC